GUGUCGCACGUUGAUGACGUUUAGGUUAGCGGUAGCGUUUGCUGUUGUCACGUAGUUUACUUCAACCGCAGACUCAUUUCACAACAUAAUUGAGGAAGAUGUCGGCGUUGUGUGGCACCAGCAACGGCUUCCAAGAUGCAAGUCAAGAGGCCGCAGAGAAACAGGAGAGCGAGCAUCCCCGAGUUCUCAUCCCCGAGUUAUGUCGACUCUUCUACCAGCUGGGAUGGGUGACGGGGACGGGCGGAGGGAUCAGUCUGAGACGAGGAGAGCAGAUCUACAUCGCGCCAUCAGGCGUCCAGAAAGAGAGAAUACAGCCAGAUGACAUGUUUGUGUGUGACGUGGAGGAGAGGGACAUCAGCUGUCCACCAGCCUGGAAGAAAUUAAAGAAGAGCCAGUGUACCCCGCUUUUUAUGAAUGCCUACACCAUGAGAGGGGCACAGGCAGUGAUACACACCCACUCCAAGGCUGCUGUCAUGGCAACGCUGCUGUAUCCUGGCAAGGAGUUCAGGAUAACACACCAGGAGAUGAUCAAGGGGAUUCGUAAGGGCACCUCAGGCUCCAACUAUCGGUAUGAUGACACCCUGGUUGUGCCUAUUAUCGAAAAUACACCAGAGGAGAAGGACUUGAAAGACCGGAUGGCUCGGGCCAUGGAUGAAUACCCAGAUUCAUGCGCGGUCCUCGUCCGCCGACACGGUGUUUAUGUCUGGGGCGAGUCGUGGGAAAAAGCCAAGACCAUGUGCGAAUGCUACGACUACCUGUUCGACAUGGCUGUGCAGAUGAAGCAGUGUGGGCUGGACCCUUCAGCCCUCCCAAUGGAAGAAAAAGGAAUAGUUUGACUUUUUCUGCUGCUUUUUAAAGAGACAUUUGUUGCAGAAAGGUCAGUAGACUACAAUCAGGAGAGCAGAUUGUAAUCAUUUGCCUUUCACGCUGGCCGGCUUCAAAUUUGAUGAAAUUUGAUGGUGAGGGCAGAUUCAGGACUGAAGGAGAUUGAAUGCCUGUGAUCCGGAAGCACCUGGAGGUUACGCUGCAAAGCACUGUGGGACGACUCAUGAGUGAGCAGCUAUCAAAUCAACGUCCUCAGGUUCAAAUGCUUUCCUAUUCAAGUUUGACUGCACUGAAAUCAAGGCCUUGGUGCAUGUCAGGCGUGAGCAGAGUGUGUAUUUCAGUUGACCUGUAAUGGUGAUUAUCUGCCUCUGCUUCAAUCAAUAAAAAACAAUUGAGUCACUGAAA